GUUUGGCUGUCAGCUGACUGGCGCGAAGUGAACUCUGCUUCUCAGCUGACCCAGUCACAUGUACCUGGUGUGACUGUUGUUUUAGAUUUCCUGUAGUACACAGGGUAAGAGGUCAACGUUUUGUUGGGAACCAUGCCUGUUGCAAUGUUGAUGCUGGCGCUACUCGCAUACUUAUCAGGUGUUUUGGGGUUGCCCAGUCUUCCUCCUGUCCCAUCAAGGAUCAGAGAUGAGAUUGCAGGAUACAAAAGUGUUGCUGAUGACAUCAUCAACCUGUCUGUUCACGGGAAGGCCCAGAACCAGUCCUACAACAGGCUGGCGGAGUUUGUGGACACGUUUGGAAGCAGAAUUGCCGGUUCACAGAACUUGGAAAAUGCUAUAGAUUACAUGCUGAAGGCCAUGGAAGCUGAUGGUCUUGAAAAUGUGCACGGAGAAGAAGUUAUGGUUCCCCACUGGGUCCGAGGGAGGGAAAACUGCACCAUGUUGGAGCCUCGUCUGUACAAAGUGUCAAUCAUGGGUUUAGGGAGCAGCGUGGGUACACCUUUUGGAGGAAUAAAGGCAGAAGCGCUCGUUGUUCAUUCAUUUGAUGAGCUACAUUCCCGUGCCAGUGAGGCAAAGGGAAAGAUCAUUAUCUAUGACCAGGGGUAUGUGAACUAUGGCGUAUCAGUGGCGUACAGAGACUAUGGCGCUGAUGAGGCAGCUAAGGUUGGGGGCGUGGCAUCACUGAUCCGAUCUGUGGCCUCCUUCUCCAUUCACAGCCCUCACACUGGGUGGCAGGACUACAAGGGCAACACAACAAAGGUGCCGACAGCAUGUAUCGCUGUGGAGGACGCUGAGAUGUUCUCUCGGAUGGCAGCCAGAGGAACAAAGAUUGUUCUUCAUCUGAACAUGGAAGCCAGGAAUCUGCCAGACGCAAAGUCCAGGAACACUGUGGCUGAGAUCAAGGGAAGGGAACAUCCUGAACAGGUGGUGCUAGUGAGUGGUCACCUUGAUAGCUGGGAUGUGGGCCAGGGAGCCAUGGAUGAUGGUGGGGGUGCCUUCAUAUCUUGGCAGGCUUUGUCUCUGAUACGUCAGCUUGGACUCCGACCCAGACGAACACUGCGGGCAGUGUUAUGGACGGCUGAGGAGGAGGGUCUGGUGGGGUCUUACCAGUACUACCAGAAGCACAAGUCCAACAUUAGUAAUUAUGACCUUGUGAUGGAGUCUGACAUUGGAACCUUCACACCAACAGGGAUCAUGUUUACAGGCAGUUCCAAUGCCAAGUCCAUCAUGUCAGAAGUCCUGUCCCUGCUGAAGCCCAUCAACGCCUCCCAGCUGCUGGACCACGCGGAGGGCGGGGAUGUGUCCUUCUGGAUCAGCGAUGGUGUUCCUGGGGGAAGUCUGGCCAACCAGAACGAGAGAUACUUCUGGUUCCACCAUUCUGAUGGUGACACCAUGUCGGUACAGGACCCCCGUGCCAUGGACCUCUGCUCAGCUGUGUGGGCCGUUACAGCGUACGUGGUCGCUGAUAUGGAAGAUAUGCUUCCCCGGCACUAACGACGCUAGUUAUAGGUUACAACAGCUGGCCCCAUAUUUGUAGCAUCUGUUUCUUUUAAAAUCUGUUGCUAGUAAAUUCUAAAGUCCGUAUGGCAGGGAAAAUAUGUUACAUGUAAUGAUCAUGUAGCAUUAACUCUCAUAAUUCCACCCGAUACCAUAAUACUGCCACAUGAGAAAAAGAUGUACCAAUACAUUGUCAGCAAUCCUGGGGUAAUUAACACUUAAGAUACUUAUAUAACACUGUUCUUUUUUUUUAAUGUGGCAGUAUUAUGGCACUCCGUGGAAUCAUCAGAGUUGAUGUUACAUGUAUAUCCUGGUACUUUAAGUAUUUGAAGAAAAAGGAGCUGGACUACGUAUUGGCUGCUACAUUAUUAGAGUACACCACACUUAGGAGAAGGACUAUUCUGUUAUAGUGCGAGCAAAGACCAUGCAGGUUCCUUCAUAUCCCAUAGCAAUGUUGAUCUUAUAAAUGCACUCAAAGCUUCGAUUUUUUCAACAGAUGGCAGUUGAAAUGGCAUUAAAAAUAUUUCCAAAGUAUAAAAUCUCCUAGACAUAUACAGUGUAAGUGAAAAGAAUUGAAAACAGUCGGUUGUAAAUGAUGACAAUGGCAACCCUCACGGUGACUUGAAAUGGACUCUAUAUACACAAUGUUUUAUUGCCAUUUUAGAAUGACUGAGAUAAUAUUGUAUUGUAGAUAUUGCCAUGAUUGACUGGGUCAACCAUGGAGGUACAUGUAUUGUUAAAAAAUUGCCUUGAAUCUAUGCAAAGUAGUUCAGAAGGAAAAUAAAUUCCUUUGUCGCUUGUAUACCCAACAUGCUUAUAUCAUUUUAGUGUUAU